AUGUACUCGAUGCCCAACGGAGAGCAGGAGCAAGACCCGGAAGGGGAGGCAAGCGGAGGCAACAGCGGCGAAUGGCAUUCUGAUGGCGAAGGGGACGAGGAGGGCGGCGACCCGAGUAAUGAAGAAGAGGUCGACUCACCUCCCCGCAGGGAAAGGCGGUCCAAGCUCACACACGAUCCGGCAAGCGCCCGCGACAAGGUGACCGUUCAGAUCGGGCAGUCGUCCAAGCCUCCUCGGACGUCGUCUCCGGCGCCGACUGAAAAGGCUCCGAAGCAGUCCAAGGUUGUAGUGCAGAAGACCCGGAAAGCGCUGCCCAGAAUCAAAAUCGACAUCCCUGUUGCCUCUGCUGCUGCUACCCAUGGUACCUCUGCUUACAAAAACGAGGAUGAAGAUAUGGAAGACGCGGUCACCUCCAACCCGACUCCUCCCAACAUUAUUGACCUCCCUGACGACGAAGAAGAAGAGCCACCGAGACCCUUGGGAAGACGAAGCAAGAAAACGUCUACUUGCGAGACGCCUCAGUCGACGCCGGUGACGGAACCGGUGGUCCAAGAGGCUAGAGAUGCCAAUCGGACUUCCGUCUCCUUCGCCAUACCACUGUUGAGUGCUCAGCCUUCAGCAUCAGCCGUACAGACUCCCGUCGACCCACCAUCACUUUUUGCUGCACAUUACGUCCCAGAGGACCAGGCUACGGGGGCUCUUCAGUGGAAGGAUCUUCUUGAACUGAAGGUGUAUGAAUAUGUUCCGAAAACAUAUUGUUGGGAAUAG